AUGCCGUGCCAGGCAGUGCCGUGCCGCGUCCCCCGAACGCCGCAGCGCCCGCUCCCCGCCCGCGGGGAGCCCCGGACCCGCCCAGCGGCGUCACCGCGUGGCCGUGCCCUGGCAACGGCGCGGGACGCGGCGGCAGCGCGAGGCCCCCGCCCGGCCGCGCUGCGCGGACCCCGAGCGCUGCCCCUGGCGCCGCCGCCCGGCGCGGCCAUGAGCGACCCGCGGCCGGGGUUUCUUGCAACCUACAAUAGCCUUACAGACAAACACCUGGCUGGGUAUUUCAGCAAUACCAGGAUAAGACGACAUCUUCAGAGAUCAGGACUGAUCUCAAGGAGUGGAAGAAUAAUACCUGAGAAAGAAUACCGGCUAAAUGCUAUGAGGAGGGAUCACCAGAGAUAUGUACAGGAGUGCCUGGCUCGGGCCAUAUUUCUUAAGGUCCUUGACAUGGAGCGUCAUCAUCAGCUGGAAAUAAAAAGGAAACUUGAAAGUUCUGUGAGGAAGGAGAGGGUUCUGCAGAAGAACAAGGUGGAACGAUCCAGAAGAUCAGUGAUAGGUGCUAGCCCUGUGCACUCCCCACAUCCGCCACUUGGUCCCAGAAAUCAUUAUGGACUCCAUCCUUUAGUGGCUGGAGAACCAACUAGUCAUUCACAAAUGAGGGCACCUGGACUUACAGAUUAUAGUGGUGGACAUCCUUCGUAUCAACACCGAUCCAAGGAGACUUCUUUUUUUAAGAUAACUUCCUGUCGACCACAUACAGCUCCAGGAAACAUGCAACACCGACUUCGACUCCAGCCACUUCACAGCUGUGCUGUAGUAGGGUCUGUUCCAAAGACUUCAAGCUCUAAACAAAAGUGCCAUGCACUUGAAAAUGAUCAGCAGUUAGCUAGUGGGGGGGAGAAGACUGAGUUAAGACUUAUGAACUCAGUGGAACUGAGUAAAUCCCCAUAUCGACUCCCUGUCAUUAACAAUUAUGUGAUACCAGUGCCACCUCCCCCUCUACAAAAAGGAGACAAGAGUGUAAAGGCAACAAGAAAUGGGAUGCCCAGAGGGAGACGAUUUUGCCCCCCCACUGCACCAAAUGGCUUAGAGCAACUUUUAACAAAGAAUUCUGGAGGAUUACCUAAACCCUCAUUACGCAGCAAUGCAUUUGUUACCAUGAUCUUUCUAGGAAAAAGUGUGCAUUUAUCUCAUGAUGAUGCUGAUUAUAAAGAUGAAGUCAAAGUCUGUCAACAGCACUGUGGAGGAGAAAACCUUUGUGUCUACAAAGGCAAGCUGUUGGAAGGAGAGACCUUCCAGUUUGUCUCAAAGAGGCACCAUGGUUUCCCAUUCAGCCUCACCUUUUUUCUCAAUGGGAUGCAAGUGGACAGGUUGAGCUCUUGCUGUGAGUACAAACAUCAGAAGCGUUCCAGGCUGGGAGGCAGACAUGGAUACUUUGGGUUUCUUAAUGUGGAAGGAGCAUCGCCUUGCUAUAGGUGCAUUAUUGCAAUGGGUCUGGACAAAAAGCCAUCCCCUCCCAAGAGAACGAUGGAGAAGGACUAUGAGGAAAAGCAAGUGGGUUCCUGGAAAGGUGGAGUGCACAGUGAGCCAAGUGAUAGCAGUGUUGAGCAGAAAUCAAGCAAAGAUUUGGUGUUAGUCAUCUUACCAGGUCAUAAAGCAAGUGUGGAAACCAUUGAAGAGAAAAUGGAGACUGGACAGGAGUAUAGAGGAGAAGAAAGGAAAAAACUAUUCAAUCAUGAGACUGAAGAUAGUCAGGAAGACACUGGUAAAAAUGACUAUGAUGAAGAUUUUGAAGCAGAAGAAGUUAAUGAAGAAGGACAGACUAGUGAUCAAAGAAAUGGAAUGUCAAAGUCAUCCCCAGAUGAUGAAAAACAUAAUUUAGACUAUGAGAAGGAGGGCGAAAACUCUUCACAGAAGGCACUGCAGGCCUCUGUCAGUGAGAGAGAUGAAAGUGAUGGAUAUUCUGACAGUGACUUGGAGGAUGACAAACAAGAUUGGAGGUCUGCACAUUCUCUCUCAUCCACCAGUGCUCAGUAUAGCAGUGGAGAUGACUCUGAUGUUGAAAAGAUGGUAGAAAAUGUUAAGGGCAAAGAGGAGUAUGAUAUCAAAAAGGCAUCUGAUAACACAGCACAUGCACAAUACGGAAAUGAGAAUGGGGAAAAUAAACUGUUCAAAACAGAGGCCAAUCAGGAAACUUUUACACUGGAAAAGGAAGGCAUACGUGAAGCAGAAAAGACAAAACCGGAAGACCUACGAGCAGGGGAAGAUACUGAAAUUUUUCAUGAAAACAUAAUGGCAAUACAGCAUCAAAGUCCUGAAGUUAAUUGGGAACUCAGACAGGCUGGGGCAGUAGAAAGUAACAUAAAGGAAGAUGGGGAGAAGAAUGCAAGUAACAAGAGGGACAAUGGGGAGAAAGAUGUUCUAGUGCCUUUGGAAAAUAAUAUGAUGGAAGUGGAGAAUAGAAAUGAAGAAUUUCCUCAGAGUGAUGAAGGAGGUGCACCAGAUGGAGCUUUCUUGGCAGAAGGAACAAGAGCACGUGAUGUGCAGAAGGCAGCAGAACAAGAGGCACGAGGAGGGCAGGUGGCAGGGCAGAGACAAGCACCGGUGGAGGAAGGCCGUGUAGCUGAGGAGGGAGAUACUCACACUGACGAGGCAGGAUGGGAAGCGGCCCGGGCGGCAGAUGUGCUGCCCGAGGGAGAGGUGGUGGCCAUGGUGCCGGCGGCGGGUCAGCUAGCUGUGGAAGGACUGGCACCUGCCAGGGGGGGCAUGGCAGAAGGAGAUGCCAAGGAAAAGGAGCCAGGGAAGGGAGUGCCUGGAGCAGAAGUGGUAGCUGGGGGUCAGAAAGCUGUGAAGAAGGUGAUGGAGAGUGCGGGAGCACUGCAGGAGCUGGGGAGCGAGGGAGAGGAACCGGCGGGCGUGGGGGGGCCGGCGGGCAGGGAGGCAGACGGGGCAGUGUCUGGGAGCGGUGAGGGAGCCGGUGAGCUCUCUGGAGGAGGGGAGGCCAUGGAGAAGGCCUCUGGGGUGGAGAAGGCAGUGGGGAUGGCAGAACCUCUGUUGAAGGAGGCAGUGGGUGACACCAUGUCUGAAGCAGAGGAGGCUGUGGAGGAGGGACGUUUUGCAGGGAAGGGCAUUGUGGAGGAUGCUGUAUGUGAGGGAGAGGAGGCUGUGGAGGAUGCAAACUUGGUAGAAGAAGAGAUUACAGGAGUGGCUGGCCUUGAAGGAGCGGAGGCUGUAGAAGAAGCUAUUUCUGAAGGGGAGGAGGCUGUGGAGAAACCUGGGGCUCUCAGGGAAACAUUAGGGGAUACCAAAGUUUGCACAGGCAGGGAAGAACUAAAGCCAAAUGAGUUUUCCCAACUGAAAGCUUCAGGGGAAGAGAAGGCAGAGAUGAAGGAUGCUGCCAAAGGAACAGCAACAUCUGAGACUGACAGACCACCAGAAGUGGAAGAGAGCUCUGUCCCAAGAGCAGAGGAGGUGGUGGAGGAGUCUGUGGAUGCAGGCAAGGGUCCAGUGUUACAAGUAGCAUCUGGAUUAGGGGCUCUGGUGGAGGCUGGAAGGGAUCCUGCAAGUGAAGGGUCAUCUCCGUUGGAGCAGACAGCAACAGCAGGAGACGAGGAGGGUUUAGCAGAAGCACUUUUGACUGGAAACCCAUCUUUGGGCAGUGAAGCAAAGCCAGAUGGAGCAAUGGGAGAAGAACUUGAUGGGCUAGUGAUGGGAGUAUCUGCAGAGAAAGCCGGAGCUGAGUUGGGAGGUGGAGGGGUCAUGGGGGGAGUGGCAGGUCCACAGGAGCUGGAAGCUGCAGAGCAGGGAUUGCUGGAGUGUGCUACAGAUCGGGAUGGGAUAGUGCUGGGAGCGGGGAGCGCUCCUGGAGAGGAGGUGGUGGAGGAACCAGCGCUGCCCACAGAGGGGCUGUGCGAGAGCACAGCUGGGGAGGCAGCUGGCACUGCAGUGGGGAAGGCAGGGAAUGGGGGAGGACUGGAGCCGGUGGGGGGAGCGGUGGGGCUGGAGGCGGUGGUGGCUGGGGAUGGCCGGAUGGGUGAUGAGGUGGGGGCGUGGGAGAGGGGGACAGAAGCAGGGGCAGGGGGACAGAGCAGGAUGGGGGUGGCAGUGGCAGAGGGUCCAGCAGCCCAGGGAGGGACAGUGCAGGCAGGAGCACAAGUCGAAGGGAAACAGUCUGGCCUCAGUGAAGGUGCCCAGAAGAGAAAGGCCGAGGGUGUCUUGGAAGACGCACAGGGUGACUCUGGGGCGCAGGAGCAGAGGAAGGAAAGUCCUGUGAGAGGAAGCCCAGAUGCGGGAGCUGCUGCCACGAAUGGGAGCUGCCGUGAGGAUGUUGUAAACCUGGAUGCAGCUGUCAUGCCCUCCAUAGGGCCCCAGGACAAGGAAGAAACGGUCCUCUAA